UGUCAUUAAGUGAAGCAUUUAUACCAGAAACUCUACCACGUAAAUACUAAGAUGCCCACUGAAGUAUGGCUCUGCCAUCUGCUGAACCUGCUAUCUUUGCACAUAUGGAUGUUGACAAGAGUAACAUAAAUCCCCUCGUUCCUUUGAAGGCAUCUUUCCCAACACUCCUACCUCCUCCUACUCCUCCUCCUCCACCACCAUCACCACCAUACCCGUCUCUGAAUUGGUUUGAAUAUACAAAUAGCGCACUUUAAGUGGACGGUAAGAGCUUGAAUGGUUUGCAGUGCGCAUACACGCGAACCCACCCAAAGUCGACACCUCCACCACCAAUACCACCAAAUUCACCCUGCCAUCUUAUUCUUGCAGUAUAUAAAGCCCUAAGGUUGGGAGCCAUCUCUCAGGCAAACCCUCAAAAAUAUCAAAGCUAUGAAAGUCCUUUCUGUUUCCUUUUUCCUCUUCCUUUUCCUUCUCUCGCCUCUGAGAGAAACUAGAGCAGAUGAAAUGAAGAACGAUCGAAUUUAUAUCGUGUACAUGGGAGCUGCUACUUCAUCAGAAGGCUCCUACAGAUAUGACCAUGCCCAGAUUCUGAGCUCUCUGUUGAAAAGGAAAGCAAAUGCUCUGGUGCACAGCUACAGACAUGGAUUCUCCGGAUUCGCGGCACAUUUAACGGAGGAGGAGGCCCGCUCAAUUGCUCAGAAACCUGGAGUGGUAUCAGUAUUUGAAGAUCCUGUCUUGCAACUUCAUACAACUCGUUCAUGGGAUUUCUUACACUACCAAACUGAUCUAGAGACUGACUCCAAACCCGGUUCUGAUGGUGACUCCCAAUCUAGUGGACAAGCUGACACCAUCAUUGGCAUCUUGGAUACAGGAAUUUGGCCUGAGUCUGAGAGCUUUAGCGACAAGACCAUGGGCCCGGUUCCCUCGCGCUGGAGAGGGACAUGCAUGGAAAGCAAUGAUGUCGACUCCUUUAAAUGCAACAGGAAGCUGAUCGGAGCAAGGUAUUACAACGACUCUGAUGCUGCAUCUGCAGUGCCUCACACGGCCAGGGACAUGAUCGGGCAUGGUACACAUGUGGCCUCAACUGCAGCUGGAAAUUCUCUUCCAGACGUAUCGUACUAUGGCCUAGCUUCAGGGACCGCCAAGGGUGGAUCGCCCGGCUCAAGGAUCGCCAUGUAUAGAGUUUGUACGUUCUUUGGGUGUCGUGGAUCAUCUAUUCUAGCUGCAUUUGAUGAUGCAAUUUCAGACGGGGUCGAUGUGCUAUCGCUGUCUCUAGGUUCAUCAGCUGUGUUUGAGCUUGAAUUCUCCACUGACCCAAUUGCCAUUGGAGCCUAUCACGCCGUUGCGAAAGGGAUCACGGUAGUGUGCUCCGCAGGCAAUGACGGCCCCAGCCCUCAAACUGUAGUGAACAUUGCUCCCUGGAUUUUGACCGUGGGUGCCACCACCAUUGACAGGGACUUCGAGUCUGAUGUUGUUUUGGGAGGAAACAAAGUGAUUAAGGGUGAAGGCAUAAAUUUUGCUAAUAUAAAAAAAUCUCCAGCGUAUCCAUUGAUAUAUGGCAGUUCAGCCAAGUCAAAUUCCAGCAAGGUGGAUGAUGCAAGAAACUGUAAGCCAAAUUCAUUAGGUGAAGACAAGAUCAAGGGGAGGAUUGUUCUGUGUGACAAUGAUGACGGAGAAUACACCCAGACAGAGAAGCUGGAGGAAGUGAAGCGCCUUGGAGGGGUUGGAUUAAUUUUGAUUGAGGAUGAAACAAGAGCAGUGGCUUCUAGAUAUGGAGCUUUUCCAUUGACUGUCAUCACUUCAAAGGAUGCUUCAGAGAUCCUAUCCUAUAUCAAUUCCACCAGGAACCCAGUCGCGACAAUUCUAGCUACUGUAUCAGUGGAACAAUAUAAACCAGCACCUGCUGUGGCCUACUUCUCAUCCAGAGGUCCUUCGUAUGCCACAAAGAACCUUCUCAAGCCUGAUAUUGCAGCACCAGGAGUGAACAUUCUUGCAGCAUGGAUUGGCAAUGACACAGCAGAGGCUCCGGCAGGGAAGGAGCCCCCACUAUUCAAUUUGCUCUCAGGAACUUCCAUGGCAUGCCCGCAUGUUUCUGGAAUAGCUGCUACAGUCAAAUCCCAAAACCCCUCAUGGAGCCCCUCUGCAAUAAGAUCGGCCAUUAUGACAACAGCAACUCAAAAGAACAAUCUGAAAGCCCCAAUAACCACACACUCAGGAUCAGUAGCCACACCUUACGACUAUGGUGCAGGGGAAGUAAGCCCAUCUGGACCCUUACAGCCAGGGCUGGUUUAUGAGACUGACACUGCUGACUACUUGCAAUUUCUCUGCAACCAUGGGUAUGAUAUAUCAAAAAUAAAACUUAUCUCACCAACUCUUCCUGAUGGAUUCACUUGCCCCAAGAACGCCAAUGCUGAUCUAAUCUCCAAUAUGAAUUAUCCAUCAAUAGCCAUCUCCAAAUUCAACGGAAAUGAGAGCAAGAAGGUAAGCAGAACUGUUACAAAUGUUGGCAGUGAUGAUGAAACUCAGUAUACUGUAAGCGUGAGUGCAGCUGCUGGCGUGGAUGUGAAAGUGAUACCUGAUACAUUGAAAUUUACAAAGAAUAGUAAGAAGCUGAGCUACCAAGUGAUUUUUUCAUCCAAUGGAUCUUCCUCGGUGAAGGGAGCUGUGUUUGGGUCAAUUACCUGGACUAAUGGCAAGCAUAAAGUUAGGAGUCCGUUUGUUGUAAGCAGUGAUUGAAUGAAUAGGACUUCAGAAGCAUUCCUGUAUUACUUUUAUGCUGCCUAUGCAAUAUUGUAAACAUGGAAAUAUGCUUUAGAACAAUAAUAAUCAACUGUAAUUGUAUCUUA